UAUUUAAUUAAAUGUUUAUUUUGUAAUCGGACGCCGAGUAAAAUAAAUACGCAAUUACACAAAAAUUAAUUAAAAGAAUCCAAUUCAAACACAUUAAAUGCCAAUCCAACUAUAAAGAGAAAGAGAAAGAGAAAUAGUGGAGGCCAUCUCUAGCUAGGGAAGAUGAAGGCGGUGGCGGCGGGGCAAAUAAAGAGGGGGCCGUGGACGGCGGAGGAGGACGAGGUGCUGGCGAAUUACAUAAAGAGAGAAGGUGAGGGGAGGUGGCGGACGCUGGCGAGAGAGGCGGGGCUCCGGCGGUGCGGGAAGAGCUGCCGCCUCCGGUGGAUGAAUUACCUCCGGCCUUCCGUCAAGCGCGGCGGCAUCUCCGCCCACGAAGAAGACCUCAUCCUCCGCCUCCACCGCCUCCUCGGCAACAGAUGGUCUCUGAUAGCGGGAAGAAUUCCCGGGAGGACAGACAACGAAAUAAAAAACUAUUGGAACACGCAUCUUAAGAAGAAAUUAAUUCGACAAGGGAUCGAUCCCAAAACUCACAAACCCUUACAAAACCCUAAUUCCGAACCCUCAACCAUCGAUCUUCAAAACAAUUACAACCUCAUCAAUUCUUCCUCCUCGGAUCGCCAAUUCUUGCCAUGUCCCGGCUCCUCAUCCUCGAUUUCCGACUCCAAUAAUAAUGUCCCAUUUCCCCUAAACCAUGUAAUGAUUGGGAGCACAAGAGAUGGAGAAAUCUAUAGCUACGCGCAAUAUUUCUUCGAUCAUCAUCAUCAAAAUGAUGAGAAUGGAUCGAAAAGAUUGGAAAUCUCCGAGGAUAGCGAGGAAGGAAUGAUCAGCCACGACGAUGUGUUCUCCUCGUUCUUCGAUUCUUUGAUUAACGACGAAAUGUUCGUGAACCAACAGCAUCAAGAUCAGCAAGAGCACGGGAAUUGAAGUACACUUCGAAUAUUACGUUAUUGUUAUUUGAUGUUCAUCCUUUUUCAUGUAAUGAGAAAUUUAUUUGCAUUCAUCUGAAUCAAGAUUGGAUUGUUGAUUCUCCCAUAUGGCUAAUGAGCAAAUUAUGAAGCGAUAGACUUUGGAGAUUAGGUCAUUUUGGUUUGAAUUUCAUCUUCUUUACUAUUUAAUUCCCAUAGUUUUUAAUAAAAAUAUUGUCUCUACCGGUCGGUUAAUUUGUCCACUUUAGUUGGACACGGAGUUUUAUGUAUUAUGUAAUUAAUAAUUUGUCUACUUUAGUUGGGGCACAAAAUUUUAAGUAUUAUGUAAUUAAUAAUUUGUUUGUUUUAGCUAGGGCACAAAUUUGUAAGUACUCACUCCGUCUCAUAUCUAUAUAUCAAU